GCGCGCCCGCCAGGCGACGCCGCAGCGCGCUCCCGGCGGGGGGGAGGCGCCAUGCUGCGCCCUGGCGGCGCCCGGUGGAGCUGCAGCGCGGGGCGCCCCGCCCGGGGCUCCCGCCGGUCACCGGGGAGCCGCGUCCCCCCCCCCGCCCCGGGAACCGGGCAGCCGCGUCCUCCCACGACCGGGGCAGCCCGAGAACCGGGGAGCUGCGUCCCUCGGAACGGGCGAGCGGUGUCCCCCAUGAACCGGGCAGCCUGUGCCGGGGGGAGCCGCUUCCCCCCCCCCGCUCCACGAGCCAGAUGUCCCGGGAGCCACCGAGCUGUGCCCCCCCCCCCCGGAGGAGCCCCAUCCCCCUGCGAACCGGGGAGCCGGGGAACCGGGGGGGCCGUGUCUCCCCAACGGCCCCCCAUGGAGGCCUCCCCUGUGCUGGGUGCCGGGGGGCUGCAGGGACGGGGUGGCCAGCGGGAGGACGGGGGGGGGGGGGAUCGCAGCCCCGCGGCCUGGUGGGGCUUUUCCAGCUGUGCCCAGCUGUGCACAGCCGCUCGGGGCUGCACCGGGACCCCCCCCCGCCGCCAGGCCGGCCCUGCUCCGGCUUCCUGGGGGAGAGGAAGCCCGGCGGGGUGGGCUGCCGGCUUCCUGCCUUUGUCUGCCUGCCGCGGGGGGCCGCAGGGGAAGGCCCCUUCCUUCCCCUCGGCCCCACGGUGGGAGCCGAGCCGGCAGCGCCGCGAUGCUCCGGUUCUGCCCGCCGCCACCGCCGCCACCGCCGCCACCGCCGCCAUGGCCCUGCUCCUGCCUCUGCUGGCCUUCCUGCAGACCCUGCCGGCGCCCGGGCACCCCGCAGAGCUGCUGCCGGCCCCCACCCUGGUGAUGCUGCCGGGACGCUUGGACCUCCGCGGCCCCGGCGGGGACGAGGCCGUCACCCUGCGCUGCCUGGCGCCCAUCACCGCGCGGGUGGCCUUGUACCUCUUCUACCGGCGGGCAGAGCCCCGGAGCCCCCGCACGAACUUCAGGAACUCCUCGGUGCCCAACAUCGAGGACACGGCGCUGCCCGGCCUCUACUCCUGCGCCUACAUGGAGCCCGGCCACCGCGGGGGGGGACCGUCCCUCGAGAGCCCCCUGACCCCCUUCUUGCCGCCGUGGGGCCACCUGCCCACCAUGCACCCGGGGGUCCCGACCGCGCCGGCGCCGUGGGACAACGGCACCGCCGGCCACCGCCGUCUCGUCCCCGGCCGCUCGGCCUCCUGCCGCCGGCACCCGAGCCCGGCCUUCGCCGCCGCCGCCCUCGCCUUCCUGCUGCCCCGCGGCUGCCGCUAGCGGCGAGAUUCCCGCGCUCGGCGCCCGCCAUCGCUGCCCAGCCCCGUGAAACGCCGACCGGCAGCGGCGUUCGGAGGUGCUCCGGAAACGCCCGGCUCCGAGCGGACCCUCAGCUUUCUCCCCCGUGUUACUGCAAUAACCCGUUGCACAGAUGUAUUAUCUAUACAAUAACCCUCACAUAGGUAGAUCUGAUACAUGAUAACCGUCGCAUAGGUGUGCGGUGUCUACACUAACCCCUCGCAAAGCAUCAGCCUGAAAAAGCGGUGCCGGAGCCUGCAAGGACGGGGAGGGGGGGCCGGGGCGAGGGGGCCGCUUGCAAUAAACUUGCUCUGCACAAGGAUUCGGCGAGUCCUGCCACCGUCCUCGGCGCGGGAACGAGCCCGGCGGAGAGAAAGCGGGUGCAAGGACCCCUCCGGCAGCGCGGUGGGUGCAGCCGCGUCGCCCCGGGGCGAGCGGCUGAGGAGGAACCCGGGGAUUUGCAGCCCUGGGGAUUUGCAGCCCCGGCGAUUCGCAGCCCUGGCGAUUCGCAGCCCCGGGGAUUUGCAGCCCAGGGGAUUUCUCCCUCGUGUUUCCCGUU